CCCUGCUAAGUGCCUUCUUGUUUUUCGGUUUUGCAGCCACAGACCGGGAGAGCCGAAGGUGAAGCGAGUCGAGGAAGCUGCCUAGGCCUGUCUCUCUCUCCCCCCCCCCCCAAUCUGAAGACCGAGGGUCAGCGGACCGACCAGCACUCCGGUUUGUGGAUCUCGUUCUCUCUCAUCGCCUUCUUCGGCCUUCGCGUCAAGAAGGACACUCUGUCCCUCUCUUCCUCGUGCCAGGCCGUGGGACUUUUUGUGCUGGGGCAUAGUGAUGCUGUACGUUUCUGUUCGGUGAUGACAUGGACAGAUGGGAAGGAGACCGCCCGCCCACCGAUGGCGUUUGACCGAGAUAAGGCAGGAAUGCCGGACCUUUGCAUGAGACCACGCAGAUGGGCCGCCUUCUGUCUUAGGCUCUGAGAGACCAGAAGGGAGCAGUGGGGAGGCUGCGAGCUGCUUCUGGAAGACUGCCCCCCCCGCAACCAGGGCCCACCUAAUUGGUAGGGUUGCCCCCCCCAGUUGCUUCUCUUCUCCGGGUCCCGACAGCAGCCUUCCUCCCCCCCACACCCACCCGGGGACCCACGAUGGGGGCAGGUCUCUCUGCUGGGGCCAUUGUGGCGAUUGUCUUCAACGGCGUCAUUGCCUUCCUCCUCCUCCUCCUCUUCCUCAUCCUCUGCAAGGCCUGCCGGACGCCUGCUUGCCCAGACCAGAGCCCUUCCUCGGAGACCGACGAGCGGGGAAAUGAGGAGAAGUAUCUGCUCCAGGCUUGACCCCUCAAGUCUGGAGGACGUCGCGCAAGCUGGCCCUCUGUCCAGCCGUCCAGUUUGGUCAGCAGAGCUGCUAGAAGCUCCCCCACACCAGCCACGUGGUGGCUGAGCCCCUUUGGCAAAGGGCUGGUUGCUGUGAGCAGAGAUGAGUGGCCCACCGUCCUGGCCCGGAGACGAGGGGAGGGCUCUCCCUCCCAUGGGGCAAGGAGCCCCCCACCCCCCUAAGCGGCCGACGGAGACGGGACAGAGAGACGAGCCGGCUUUCAUCUCCUGGCCUGUUGGAUGGCCGUGCCGUGGCCGCCUCAGUGGUGGCUCUGCCAAACCCGGAGACUGGCCCUGUCAAGGUGGUGGCUAGCCCUGCCAUGGAGAAGGCCCAGGACGUGGCCUCUUCUGGAACACGCUGUUUCACGACCCAGGUUUCUAGAAACCCUUGGGUGGGCCGGGGUCUCGUUGAGAGACUUCCUUGCUCCCCUUAUAAGCGGGCCCCACGCUGGCCUCUCCGUCUUCAGGGGCCUUAAGUCUGCCCCGUGGCAGAAAAGGAGUAGAGCCGUGUGAGGCGAUGGGGGUCGGAAGCCUCACGGGAGACGACCAGGCACGGACCGAGCGGGAGGCUUGGCGGGUGGGGGGCAGCACCCCUUGUCCAGAGAGAUGAGUUGAAGCUGCCUCCGAUGCCGGGACCGGUGGCGUCCCAACCCGGCCAGGCCCUUGAGGGCUUUUAUCCCCCCUGAGGGGUAGCCUCUGGGGUACCCUCGUUGUGUCCUUUCGGCACCCCUUCCGGAGCAUCCCGUUUCCACUUCCCGGGAUUCUGGGGAAGGGAGCUGGGGGCAGGCUGUCAGGGGAGGGGAAGGAGGCCCCACGGCCCUCGGGAC